CGCUUACCCACGAUAACGCCGGACAGACCCAUGGAGCGAUCCGUACCACAUUGCGGUGAUAACCACUAUUAGAGGAGAAGUCCUUCAACAUUUCGACAGCAAGAAAUAUUUCAUCAAAGGUGUUGGUUAACCUCUGCACACAAGGAUUUGCUUGGGAGAAAUGUGAAUUUUCCACAACCUCGGGAUCUAUAUGUUCCUGCAGGGUCAAGUUACAGCCAGUGAAAAGGGUGCAGUGUGUGGUGGGAAAAAAGCUGAUGAGGUGAAGAAAGUUGAAAGAGGCCACUGGAUUCACCUGCUAUCUAUUGGACUUAAUCCUGAGUGACCCUGCUGCCUACUUUCUCUACAUCAUUUCUAGAGGAGGCUGGAGGCCCUCUGGGUGCAAGAAACACCAUGUGCCAAAACUGGAGAGGACUUCCUACUGCCCCAUAAGACUGCCAAACCUCUUGCGAACCUUCCUCUCUAGUCCGAGGAACCUCCUAAUCCUCUAAAUUGCCCGCUGGCAAAGAUGAAGAAGGUGGCAGCAUGGUCAGCAGAGGACGUCUCUGACUGGCUGAGCAAAGAGGGGAUGCCAGAGUAUAUAGAGGCCCUCCGUCAGAUGGAUGGUCCCGCCAUGCUCAGGCUCACCAAGGCAGAUUUCCAGAAUCCUCCCCUCUCGUUGGUGUCAUCAGAUGGCGGGGAGCAGAUGAUGGAGCGACUGGAGACGCUGAGGAUAGAGAACCAUAUGGAGGCUCACAAAAACGGUCAUGCAAACGGGCAUGCCGGUGGGCUACCUAAUGGGACAAGCAAGCCCCAGAGGAAUGGCACACUGGGGAGGAAGGACUUAAGGAUGGAGAUGGUCCACAUCCCCAUUCCUACUAUGGAAGCUAUGCGCUCCUCGUUCCCUGCCGAGUGGAGGAAGACAGGCAUAGCGUUCUUCUAUGCGGUGGUGUGCUUUGUUACCACCACUGUUGUCAUUUCAGUGGUCCAUGAGAGAGUACCGCCAAAAGAACAUACCCCACCACUGCCCGAUAAGUUCUUUGACCUCUUUAACAGGGUGGAGUGGGCUUUCUCCAUCUGUGAGAUUAAUGGCAUGUUAUUGGUUGGACUGUGGCUGAUACAAUGGAUUCUACUCAAGCACAGGUCGAUUAUUGGGAGGCGAUUCUUUUUCAUUGUGGGCACACUCUAUAUGUACCGGUGUAUUACAAUGUACAUUACCACUCUGCCUGUUCCUGGGAUGCACUUUAAGUGCUCUCCAAAGCUUCUCGGGAACUGGGAGGCACAGAUGAGGAGAAUAAUGAAGAUGAUUGCUGGUGGGGGCCUAUCUAUCACAGGUUCCCACACCAUGUGUGGAGAUUAUUUGUACAGUGGCCACACUGUAAUGUUAACACUGACAUACCUCUUCAUCAAGGAGUAUUCUCCCAAGCGGUUCUGGUGGUACCACUGGUUUUGCUGGAUCUUAAGUGCUGUGGGAAUUUUCUGCAUCCUUCUGGCCCAUGACCACUACACUGUGGAUGUAGUGGUGGCAUACUUUAUCACUACACGUCUCUUCUGGUGGUACCACACUAUGGCCAACCAGCAGUCGCUGAAGGAGACAUCACAAAGUAACCCGUUCUCGCGGGUGUGGUGGUACAGACCGUUCCAGUACUUUGAAGAGAAUGUCAACGGUAUGGUCCCUCGUAACUAUCAGCUGCCGUUUUCAUGGCGAGCCUUGCAGUGGAAUCGUGGUCUAAAGUACAGCAGACUGGACAUCCAGUGACUCCUCUCAUGUCACAGCAGGCAAGGACCGUGAUUUCCAUAAGUGCUGUUUUUUACCCAUGGAAGAUGGAACUGUUUAAUGUAGCGCUGUCCUUUCACAUCUAGUAACAGACACAUCGUGUCCAAAUGGGUAAAUGGGUAGCACUGUGACCCACCAAGUAUUUUUUUUUUUUUCCUUGUGUGUAUCUAUAUGUAUAUUUCUUUUGUUGUUUUUCUCUUCUGGUAGUAUUUGUCCAUACAUAGCACUAAUUUAUAUUUGUUUCAUGUCUUUUCCUCUUCAUGGGCCACAUAAGUUUCUGCUUUUGUAGCAGAUCUAUGAAGCAUUUCAACAAACAAACUCAAACGUUUUUGGCCACAAGGACUCAAAUACUUUUUCUUCCUCUCAGCACAAAACCAUAGUUCAUGUCUUCAUGUUCUUACAAGAUUUUUAGUGCAGAUAGUGUCAAUCAAAUGCUUAUUUGAUAACCAAAAUGCCAUAAUGCCAUUUUUCGUUUUGAUAGCAAAUUACUUUUUGUAAACUGUCCUUGCUAAAAUGAGUCAAAGGUGCAAAAAAUAAUUUUUCUAAGUAUGUCAAACUUUAUUUUUCAAAAAACAAAUGAUGUCCAACAAAAGAUUUUUAGAUUUUUACCUUUUUCAAGAUGGAUAACUGAGAGCAUAAGAAUCUAAUGUGGUAUAACAUUACUCCAGUGCCUUUCUUAGCUUGAUUGUAAAACAGUUCAAGUUCUAUUGUGUCUUGUAUCUCGCUGCCGCGGGUGUGAUCACGCCACGGUACAAGGUGGUACUUGGUUAACAGUCUCGUUCCCAUGAAUGUAAAAACAACUACGCCAGCCUUACCAAAAGAUUGGUCUUCCCAAAUUUAAGUGCAGUGAGUGAAAUGUCCCGUUUAUUUAUGAUGUCAGUUUGUGCUUAGUUGGUUAAUGCUGUUCUAACAGAAAUAUGACUGUUAAUUGUAUUUUUAUGUCUGUAACAUUUCAUUUUUCACCAACCAGUCUUUAACCAGCAAUCAAUGACACCAUCAUGUCUGCUAAUUUUGUUUUCCACCCCAACUUUAUCUGCUAAACAUCACUGCCUAAUUGGAAAUUAUAUCAGAAAACUCUCCAUGGUGCAAGUUGUUAUGGACCUGGACAUGUCUUGUGCAUCAUUGCUGCAACUUGCUCAGGAGAUAAUGAGCCCCAAUCUUGUUCCCCACAUUGAGUCCCAUUUUGAAGAAUUAUCCUCAUUACUGUCUUCUCUUGUAACCUUUUUAGUGAUGAGAUGUGGAAGAAAAUAUUCAAUGUGACCCUUGUGCUGAGUUUAGGGAAUGUCAAAGUUGUAAAAACAGAAACUUCAGGCAAAGUUUCUGAGCAUGUCUGUAAUGAAUCUGUAUGUGCUUUGUAUAGUUUGUCUUGUACUAAAUCAAGCUGCUACCUUUCAGUUUAAAGACUGUAUCUUUUAUGCCAAAACAAACUUUUUCCUAGAAGUAGCAAACAGAUAACGUGGAACUUAAAUGUGGGGAACAAACUGAAGCAUGAUGCGCAGAGCUGGUAAUAUAAUUGGCCAUAUGUGUGCAAACAUUGAUUUCCAUGAAUGUGAAAAUGCGUCCUUAUUGAUGAUCCUAAUCAUGUACAUGUUGACUUGUUCAGUUUUCUUUGUGUAACUAUGAAUGAACUGUAAAGACUGGCUAUUACACAAGUUCAUCUAUAAGCAAAAGAUUUAACUCAUUAUGUGAAACUUUAAUUUCAAAUCAAACUGAUGAGCUUUGUUGAAAGAAAAACUGCACUAAACUUUAGAUUAUACAAAUUCCAAAUAAAUAAUGGUCACGCGAUUAUUUCAACAUUGUCAAAGGGAGGUGAGAAUACACCAUUGUUUUCAUUGUGACAUCAUGAAGCCAAUAAGAGAAAUAAUGUUUGAGACUAGUUUGACCCCCUCCUUCCUGUAGCAUUGUCAAAUCAUUUCACUUUUACAGAGAAAAGUUUCUUAGUUUUUAAGAGAACGGUAGAUUCAUCACGUAUGGCCAUGUUUUGGUUUCAGAUAAUAUUUGUAGUAUUGGUUGAAACAUGGCUCUCUAGUGAUGUUUGAGUGCUUUGAUAAGGAUGAAGAGUGGAGUUAAUGUUUGUCUUCUAGUUUGCCAAUCAAGUUGAAAUAUUUUUUGUCUCCAAGAAAUAAGUUGUUUAUUCUGUAUGUUUCUCUGUAAACUUCUCAUCCACUUUGUUUUUGUGCGUAUACCACAUGUUUGUAAGAUAUGAUAAAGGAUUCCUUGGGACGCUUUUGAAUAAAUAAUUUUACU